AGUUCCACUGGGGUCAUAGACAGUACUUCAGCUUGUAGAAAAGUUAAGUCUUUGACAUUGUCCACCUGAUUUGGCGAACACCUGCAGAUCCUGGAAUUUGUGUAUAGCUUUUAAAAUAAGGCUUGAUCUCUGAGAGCCACUUUAAACUCAGAUUAGCACUGAAAUAGUUGUAUCUUUUUUUCCUAGCUGAUGUUAGGUUUUAUUAUGUUUUGUUACAUUUUGUUUUAUAAGAAAACUAUCACUCAGAAGCAUAAACAUCUAUUCCUUUGGCCAAGAAAAUAGCCAACUCUGUUUGUGUGUACUUUUUGACAGAUAAAGUUUUGCCCAAAGAACAAUAACGGUAACCUUGAACUGUUUAUUAUCAGUCGUAAACUUCAGCAGAGAACUAAGGAAAAUGCUGUACUAAAAAUUGUUAUAUUUUAUAUUUAAUCAUUGAGGCAGGGAGGCCAUUUUCCCAACUGUAGAGUAACUUUUAGGGUACUAGUCAGUGAGUACUGAAAGAUGAGAUUCUGUCACUUCCUCUUAAGUAUAAGAAAUGGUAAAUAAAAAGAGACUGCAUUGUCAAGCUUAAUGCAAAAAUAUUUACAUAGCCAGUUAUUAGGCCUCUGACAGUAUUGUCCUUCCAGGAAAACUAUCUCUUUCUGAAAGUGUGUGCUAAGGAAUCCCAUCGCUCCCAUUCAGCACCAGUGGCUGAUGUCCAUACUGACAUUGGUGCCACAGUCAGUUAUGGAAGGCAAAGAUAGAAAGCUGUUAGUUGAAAAGCUUCUAAUGGAGAUAAUGGAGGAUUAUGAAAAGAGCAUGAGAAGAUUUGUGGGUAUUUAGCAGAAGCUGUGAUUUUGAGUUACCUUUGGGAGAAUAUGUUUUGAAGACUUGGAUGAUACAGUUACCUUUCCAUCUUACUGGGUGCUUGGUUCAACCUGGAGUACGACUGGUCAAUGACUUAGGAAAAGCAGUACCUAUUGAAUACGUCUUAAUUUUCUUCUAAUGUUUGCAUAUUUUUUCUCCUAGUGCGAAGUAUUCUUCUUAAACCAGACAUAAAAGGACUUGAAGAUGAAGAGGAGGCACCUUUGCCUUCAUUACCUGUAGGCCUGGAUUUUUCUAGUGCAUGGCAUAAGAGUUUUACCCGAGCAAAGAGUAAAAUCCUUUCCAAGCUGCAUAUUGUCCACUCCACAAUGAAAUCACUACUGGAUUUUGGAUAUGCAGCAUUAUUUGACUUUCUUCUAGUGGAUUUCUCAAGCCUCAGACUGAAAGAGCCAAUUGACUCUGAAUCUUUAAAGACUGAUGUCUCUCUAAGCUGUUCUAAAGCAGAAAAGAAAAUACUGAUGACAUGGUAUCAAAGAGUUAUCAAUCUCUUUACUCAAAAUGAGGCACUGAAUAGUGUGAAGUUGGAUCAGCUUGACUCUUUUUAUAACUGUGUGGAUGUUCUUAUGUCUAAUCAGGUGAAAGACUUAUUGACAAGAACAGUUGAAGCUUAUGUGAAACUUUUUGAUCCUGAAGACAGAAAUGGCCCACCUUUGUUUAAGAUGGAAUUGACUCUCGAUGACCAGAAAAUAGAGUUUUAUCCAAGCUUGCAAGACCUAGAAGAAGGAAUUCUGUUUAUAGCAAAUCGCAUAGGACAGACACUCCAGAACUUCCAAACGGUAUGUUCUUGGCUAACGGGAGACACUGCAACUCUGGACGCUGAGCUUCCUAAGCAUGUCUUAGAAUGGGCCACAUCUACACUGAAAAAGCAUAUCAGAGGCAACUUAGAAGGUCCAAAGAAAUAUUUUGAAAUAUAUGUUGAAAAGUAUGGCUGGCUUGUAGACGAGACUGCACAGGCACGGGUAGAAAGAUUUGUAGCAGAAGAACAUAGUUUUGAUGAAUACACUGCUUUAAUAGAUGAAUUCUUCACCCACACGAAGGAAAUCUUGAGUUUACCUGAGGUGGCUUAUUUCCCCAUGGUCUAUUUGAAUUCUGAGGAUUUAAAGCAAGGUUUGGCAAGUAGCGCAAACGCCUUUGCAAAAGUGCUAAUGGACAGAAUAGUCGCAAAUUACAGAGAGGAAAAUGAAAAGAUAUGCAGGGAAUUUGAAGCCAUUAAGGAACGUGCAUUAAAAGUUCCUGAAACAGCAGAAGAAAUGGUGGAAACAGUAGCUUACAUAAACAAAGUCAAAGACAAAGAUAUUAAGGACCUCUUGUUAAGGAUCAAGAAGUGCUCUCAGCAGCUGCUUUACUUCUUAGACAAUUUUUUAUUUGAUCCUGAAGACAUUGCACUGAAUGCAACAGUUCAAUUAUGGCCAAAGAGGAUUGGCCCUAUUUUUGAUGAGCAUGAUGAUGUAAGAGCAUUUUCUUGGUUUAUGGUGUAUUUUGGCUUGUUAGACUUUUCACACUACUUGAGCUGUUAAUUUCAUCAACAGGCUAAAUGUAACACAUGUAACAUGAAUCAUACUAACUUAGACAUGCAUAAAUAACGUAUUUUCAGAUUUUUUUAUAUCAAUAGAGGGCUUUCUGUGGAGUCGUUGCUUAAAACCUUCAGCAGGUCUUACUAUUACCUUAAUUUGUUUGUUGUCAGUACUAGGUAAUUCAUAGGGAGGUGAAAAUUUGCUACACUGCAGUUGACUAGUAUUGAAAAUGCAAUUGCCAUAAUAAAGUCAUAAUAAGAGUUA